GGAUCAGAGCCCGCGAGAGGACGCGGGCGGGAGGCUGGGGCGGGCGGCCGCAGCGGUGGGCCGGCGGGGUGAGUGCCCUCCGGCCAUGGAGGACGAGCUGAGCUUCUCGGACAUCUACGGCGGCCGCCUGGCCCUGCAGCGCCGCUACUACUCCCCGUCCUGCCGCGAGUUCUGCCUCAGCUGCCCGCGGCUCUCGCUGCGCUCGCUCACCGCUGUCACCUGCUCCGUGUGGCUGGCGGCCUACGGACUCUUCUCCCUCUGCGAGAACAGCAUGAUCCUCUCUGCUGCAAUCUUCAUCACCCUCAUAGGCCUUCUUGGUUACCUCCAUUUUGUGAAGAUUGAUCAGGAGACUCUGUUAAUCAUUGAUUCCCUGGGCAUCCAGAUGACUUCAUCCUAUGCCUCUGGCAAAGAAAGCACCACCUUCAUUGAGAUGGGCAAGGUGAAGGAUGUCAUCAUUAAUGAGGCUAUUUAUAUGCAGAAGGUGAUUUACUACCUCUGUAUUUUAUUGAACGAUCCGAUGGAACCAAAUGGAAUAUCCCAAGUAGUACCUGUCUUCCAGAGAGGAAGGAAGAGGGAUAGAGAGUUAGAAACAUCGAUCAGCUGCCUCUUGCACUCUCCCUACUGCGUAUGUGCCCGCAACCAAAAGUGCCAAGCCCCGGCUGGACUGCUUGAUUGAAGUGUACAGGAGCUGCCAGGAGAUCCUGGCACACCAGAAAGCCACGUCCACAAGCCCAUGAGCCCCAGCAUUCAGAAGGCCAGUACUGUCUCCGUGGGAAAUGACUCCUAAGCCAUUGGGCUGGUGUUUUUUACUGUAUUCAAACAUCAUGUGGACACGGUCCUAGGAACCAGGAUGGAUGCAGUGGAGCUGAGAGCCACAGAGCAGGUGACUGGAACUCAGCUCAUUGUGUGAUGUUGAGCCAAGUGUUCCUGGUAUAUCAGUGUUCCCCUCGUAAGGUAUGUAUGUGUACAUUACCAACUGAGAGGAGACCUUAAGAAACGGUAUGUCAAAGGUCAUGCUGACAGAGCACUUUGCGAAUUUUCUAAGCACAUUCAAGGUUAUUUUUUGUUGAAAUUUGUGGAGCAAGACAUUGGGAAACUGAUGUCAGAUCUCUUGAGAAAGACAAUUUCCAGAUAUAUCAAAGUUAAGAAAAUAGUCCAGGCCUUCAGGCACUGGGUUAGUGGGAAGAAAUGUCUUACAAGACUAGACUCUGGCCCCCUAUCUCCUUUGUCUGUAAGGGUUAAAUAUGGUGACUCUCUUAAUAAACGUCACAGUAAUUGCCUGGUUCACAGACAUCUGCUUUUGACUGACAAACAUGAAUGUGGCAUUUCAGUCAGGGUGUGAAGCACAUUAAUACUCUUCUGUUGCUCAAAAACUUCUUUUGCUAAGAGGAAUGAGACAAAAGUCCAGACAGAAAUUUGACUUUGGUUUCCAGGAACAUGUUAAAGAAGGAUAAACAUGCAAAGUAUAGAAGCCUUUGUUGGUAAGACAGUUUCUUCUGUAUAAAAUUCAUAAACUAAGGGAGGAUUCCUGAAGGAUUGGGAAGAAGACACGGUGGGGGAAAUAACUUGACCCCCAAAUUCAGUAUGAACACAGCUCCAUUCUCCCUUACUUUUUCUUUGGGAUCCUAAUUUUUGUUUGUUUGUUAAUCGUCACCUAAGGAUAUUUUUUCCAUUGAUUUUUAGAGCGAGUGGAAGGGAGAAGGGGGGGCGAAGAGAAAGAGAAUGAAAGAACGUCAAUGUGAGACACACUGAUUGGUUGCCUCUUGCACAUGCCCCGACUGGGGUCAAGGAUCAAACCUGCAACCCAGCUAUGCGCCCUUGACCAGGAAUUAAACCCUUUGGUGUGUGGGCUGCCACUCUAACCAUUGAGUAACACAAGCCAGGGCAGAUCCUAAGUUUUUAAAAACUCCCAGGUAGAUAAUAUUAUCCUCAUGGGCCUUAGAGACACUCAAGUAUCACAAAACCAGAGUUGCCAUUUCUGCCUUUUACACCAGCCCUGGAGGGGUUCUUCAGAAGCCUGUGGUAUGUGUGAUGUGUUAAUGUGUUCCAGGUAGGAAUGUCCCAACUAAACCCAAAUGCUGGGCGAAAGGCAGGAACAGCAAUGUUUGACCAAAUACAACAGGCUAAUUUUUAAGUUGAUAACUUGGUAUGGGCCGAGAUGAUGUAAUAAAUAUCCACGUGGCUGCUGGCAGAGAAAAGGUUCUCCACCCCUGGUAUAAGGGAUGAGAGGGGAAGCGUGCAGCAGCUGAAGUGCUCACAUAAACUAGUUCCAGCCGAGUGGUUCUGCAGUAUCACACACACACACACACACACACACACACACACACACAUACAGUCAGGGUAAAAUGCUUGGUUCUUGGGUGCUCCUGCUAAAACCAUACAGUUUUCAGCACUUUAUUGACAAAUGGUAAGACUGUCUUAGAGCUAUGAAAUAAAACUCCGUUUCUGAUGUUGGAAAAUCAGAGUACCAAUGAA